GAGAUAGCGAAAAGCCUGACCUCGCCUGGACAGCACUCCAGACGACGACCCCAGACUUUCUGAUUCCUUGUUCAGUAUCCGCAAGGCCCGUGAAUCCGCCACCACUCCAGCACGCGGCGUUAGACGGCACUCGAUCGCGAGGAUGUUUCGCGGCGUAUUUGGCCGCGCGCCAGACCCUCCGCCAAGCCAGCCGAGCCCCGCGCAAGCUCCCCCCGCGCACACCAACCCGCUCUCCGCGCACUCCUACCCUUCCCCCGUCCCCAACGCUCCUGGUUCCGUGGAAGCCGCCGCCGCCGCCUCCGCCGCUGCUGCCGCCGCUGCUGCUGGGGGUCCGCGGCAAUAUCAAGAAGCGGGGGACUCGGGGAGGGCCGCCAGCGGCGGUAGCAGGGGAGGGGGAAGCGUUGGGGGAGCGGGGAGCUUCGGGGGAGGGGGGAGUUACGGGGGAGGGGGUGGGGGAAAUCAAAGGGGAUCUGUGGGGAGGAGCGGGGGAAGAGGGGGAAGUUUUGGAGGGGAAGGAGAGGUGGGGGGAAUGGGAGUACACUCAGGUAGACUCCCCUCUGUGGGUAUGGCGCAGGGAGGAAUGGGGGGGAUGCAGCAGCCGAUGUUUCCUGUGCUUGAAAGCAAGAGCCCGGAGGAGCUAUUCAAGCUUCUGACAGACCCCAAGGCGUACCAGCAGCAGCUUGAGGAGAUGCCGCAGCUCAAGGAAAUGACCAAGGUGGUGGAUGAUCUCAAGAAAGGCAACGAGGAACUCGCCAGGUCGACACUAGAGAUGGAAGCUGACAUGUCAGAACUACGAACACAGUGUCGCAUUAUCCGGGGCACAGAGCUUGCUUCUCUGGAGGAGAGGCUAGCACAAAUGAUAGCGCAGCAGAGAGCACUCACAGACCGAUGGAGCCCGGCAGCACUCGUGCAGCAGCUGAAAGAGAAAGCGGAGGAAGUGAAUCAGGAAUCGGAGGAUCUGAGGAGCAGGUUCCUUGCAGGGGAGGUGGAGUUGGGUCAAUUCAUGAGGGAAUAUCGGAAGAAAAAGGAAUUGUAUCACCAGCGCAUGCAGACAUGCUAUGCUGCUUUAUCUUCUCUUACGCUUGAUCAUCAUAGGCAUUAACUGCUGGCCGUGCCAUCAGUCGCGAUGGAGAAUUCCUACACUUGACUAGAAUGUUAGUCCUUGUGCAAAAUAUAGUGAGGUUAGUUGU